GCCUCGAGCGCCUGCAGCCCACCUCUCGGGGGCGGACUCCCGGCGCCAGGCAGCGCCUAGACGAGAAGAUGGAGGAGCUGGUGGUGGAAGUGCGGGGCUCCAAUGGCGCUUUCUAUAAGGCAUUUGUAAAAGAUGUUCAUGAAGAUUCUAUAACAGUUGCAUUUGAAAACAACUGGCAGCCAGAGAGGCAGAUUCCAUUCCAUGAUGUGAGAUUCCCACCACCUGUAGGUUAUAACAAAGAUAUAAAUGAAAGUGAUGAAGUUGAGGUUUAUUCCAGAGCCAAUGAAAAAGAACCUUGCUGUUGGUGGUUAGCUAAAGUGAGGAUGAUAAAGGGUGAGUUCUAUGUAAUAGAAUAUGCAGCAUGUGAUGCUACAUACAAUGAAAUUGUCACAAUUGAACGUCUACGAUCAGUUAAUCCCAACAAACCUGCCACAAAAGAUACUUUCCAUAAGAUCAAACUGGAGGUGCCGGAAGAUUUACGACAAAUGUGUGCCAAGGAAUCAGCACAUAAGGAUUUUAAAAAGGCAGUUGGUGCCUUUUCUGUAACAUAUGAUCCAGAAAAUUACCAGCUUGUCAUUUUGUCCAUCAAUGAAGUCACCUCAAAGCGAGCACAUAUGUUAAUUGACAUGCACUUUCGGAGUCUGCGCACCAAGUUGUCUCUUAUGCUGAGAAAUGAAGAAGCCAGUAAGCAACUGGAGAGUUCAAGGCAGCUUGCCUCAAGGUUUCAUGAACAGUUUAUUGUACGAGAAGAUCUGAUGGGUCUAGCUAUUGGUACUCAUGGUGCUAAUAUUCAGCAAGCUAGAAAAGUACCUGGGGUUACUGCUAUUGAUCUCGAUGAAGAUACCUGCACAUUUCAUAUUUAUGGAGAGGAUCAGGAUGCAGUAAAAAAGGCUAGAAGCUUUCUGGAAUUUGCUGAAGAUGUCAUACAAGUUCCAAGGAACUUAGUAGGCAAAGUAAUAGGAAAAAAUGGAAAACUGAUUCAAGAGAUUGUGGACAAGUCAGGAGUUGUAAGGGUGAGGAUUGAGGCCGAAAAUGAGAAAAAUGUUCCACAAGAAGAGGAAAUUAUGGCACCAAAUUCCCUGCCUUCUAAUAAUUCAAGGGUUGGAUCUAAUUCUUCUGAAGAAAAAAAACAUUUAGAUAUAAAGGAAAACAGCACCCAUUUUUCUCAGCCUAACAGUACAAAAGUCCAGAGGGUGUUAGUGGUUUCAUCAAUUGUAGCAGGGGAAUCCCAGAAACCUGAACUCAAGGCUUGGCAGGGUAUGGUACCAUUUGUUUUUGUGGGAACAAAAGAUAGCAUCGCCAAUGCCACUGUUCUUUUGGACUAUCACCUGAACUACUUAAAGGAAGUAGACCAGUUGCGUUUGGAGAGAUUACAGAUUGAUGAGCAGUUGCGACAGAUUGGAGCUAGUUCUAGACCACCACCAAACCGUACAGAUAAGGAGAAAGGCUAUGUGACUGAUGAUGGUCAAGGAAUGGGUCGAGGUAGUAGACCUUACAGAAAUAGGGGGCACGGCAGACGCGGUCCUGGAUAUACUUCAGGAACUAAUUCUGAAGCAUCAAAUGCUUCUGAAACAGAAUCUGACCACAGAGACGAACUCAGUGAUUGGUCAUUAGCUCCAACAGAGGAAGAGAGGGAGAGUUUCCUGCGCAGAGGAGACGGUCGGCGGCGUGGAGGGGGAGGAAGAGGACAGGGAGGAAGAGGACGAGGAGGAGGCUUCAAAGGAAAUGACGAUCACUCCCGAACAGAUAAUCGUCCACGUAAUCCAAGAGAGGCUAAAGGAAGAACAGCUGAUGGAUCCCUUCAGAAUGCCUCCAGUGAAGGUAACCGACUGCGCACGGGGAAAGAUCGCACCCAGAAGAAAGACAAGCCAGAGAGCAUGGAUGGUCAGCAACCACUGGUGAAUGGAGUGCCCUAAACUGCAUCGUUCUGAAGUUACAUUUCCUAUACCAUUUCCGUGAUUCUUAUUCCACGUUAGAAAACUUUGUUAGGCCAAAGACAAAUAGUAGGCAAGAUGGCACAGGGCAUGAAAUGAACACAAAUUCUGCAAUGAAUUUUAUUUUUUGGUAUUGGCCAUAAGCAACAUUUCAGAUUUGCACAAAAAGAUCAUGAAAUUUGAAACAUUGCUUUUAAGUACACUUAGCACUUCAGGGCAGGAUUUUACUUUUAUUUUUUAAAGUACUGAGCAGUGUUGUUCUUUAUUAAUUUGUACAAUUUUCCUGCAGUGGGCGAUAACUUGCCAGUACAUUUCAGUGUUUCUGAAUGACAUUUGUGGUAAUCAUACCAUUCUUCGGUCUUCACUCCCAUGUAGGAAUUUAGGAAUUUCCAUGAAAUGCUGUGCCAUUUCACGUCCUGUGUCAGUUUACGUUUUGGUCCACUUUUCUAGUAUUUUGGUGGAUCCUGAAACAUGUGUGAUGUGACAUUUGUCAUUUUCAUUAGCAAAAAAAAAAAAAAAAGUUGUAUGAUCUGUGCCUUUUUUAUAUCUU